GCCACAUCUAACGAGGCAGAGAAAAAGAACCCGGAUGUGCCGCGAAAUUUGAAAGAAGAGCUUAGCGAUAUUUGUAUCUCGUUGUUUAAUAAUCUAAUUUAAUAAAAACAACGGUAGCUUUGUUAAGGAGCGACGUUGAUAAUGAAUCCUUCGGAGCGUUUCUUUGCGAAGCUGCGGAAACUGACUGUUCAUCUGGAGACUGAAAGCAACAAUCUCUUGCAUGCAAGUCAAAACCCUCAAGACAACGAUGAGGAUGAAGAGAAUGGGGCUCAAGCUCUGUACCAGCUGCACUCUGAAGUCAGAGCAUUGAAGCGGCAAGUUCAAACUCAGGUGGCUUCACACAAUGCAGCAAGUACUGAACUGAGGAACUUUGUAAGAAGAUGCUUGGUGCUGAAGCAGAGAACCACAGAAGACAUUGACAGGCUGAAGAAACACUAUGAGAAGUAUGGCUACAGACCACGAACCACAAGACAGGGCAAUGCAGAGAUGAAUGGUGCAAAAGAUGCAGAAACGUUGGAUGCAGCAGAUGAAGAUGAAGCGAUGGGACAAGGGAUUUGUGAAGAGGCUCAGCAGCCUGAGACACCAGAGAAGACGCAACCACCCGUUGACCAGCUGCGCACCCCAAAGCUCUCCGAUUUUGGUCUGUCUGCUCUCCAUUUCCAAAGAGUGCUUAGUGAAGCAGAGCCGCCCCACAGUGCUGCUCCUGUCCCAGCUGUGGCUCUGUCGACACCACCAUUUGUCAUAAACAUGCAUCCACCACAGCCAAAGACGCCCAAGUGCUCUCUGCGUAUGGAGGAGGAUGCUCCGACCCCACGACUAGAGGAUUUUGGCAUCUCUGAGUACACCAUGUGCUGGAACAAUGACUUUACCAUGGAUUUGUUCAACAAGAAACCACCAAAGACCAGCAGUGAAAGAACAGAGGAUGGUCAGAAACCCUCUCAUGUUUUCCCCACUUUGUCUUCUGGGCCUAACAAAGGUGUUUCCGACGAGAGUCUGGAAUCCCCAGAGCCUCCAGUGUUUUGCACCCCAGGAUUUAAGAUCGAGAAACAUUGUGUCCCAUGCUCUCCACCACUGAAAGGAACGAAUGGCCUUGAUUCUCCUCCUCAUCCUAACUGCCCUUCUACACCAGAGCUCCCUGCAUUUGAAACACCUUUUGUCAGCAAGCUUAUAAAAAAGGACGACAGACAGGAAGAAAGUGAUAGACACAGGGCAUCACAGGUGGGCAGCUUUCCUCUAGCAGAUCUCUCAAACACAAACAGAGCUCCUUCAUUUGAUGCUCUAGAGAUGCCAAAACUGCUACGUUAUGAGAAUGAGGCCAUACCUGAGAUGCCAUCUCUGCAGUCCCUUUUUGGGAGUUCUCUUGCUUUCAAAAACCCAUCUAGUAAUGCUUCUGGGAUGAAAAUGGGGACAGAUCACAUAUUAGACCUCAAGCAAACCCCGGUCCCAAUGCAUGAAAAUGACUUUAACCAGGAUUGGUGCCUUGCAACUCCAAAAGUCAGAGUGAAGUUCCCUGCAGAGCCAUGCACACCAGAGAUGCCCGAUAUAAGUUCGGUAACACAGGAUAUUUUAAAACUUGUGUCUCAUUGCAAGUCUUAAGCAUUUACUGUUGAAUCUGAGCUGACCGCCAUGAAGCCUGGCUUUCAAGAAGUGCAACCAAGAGAACAGCAGAUUACAGUCAUAAAGUGAUUCUUUUGAAUUAUUUGAUUGCAAGAGCAAACUUUUAAACCUUUUGAAAAUACUUAAUAAAGAGAUUUAAAAAAGUAA